AUGGGAUACCGCAUGGAAAAUGGGUAUACUAGGUUCCUAGUAUCGUUCCUCACCUUUGUGGUAAUGUCCAUACCCUUUAUUUUCUUUGCCAUUUACCACGUGAGGUACUGCAUUGACAAUGGCAUGUCUGGGCUCUCAGUUCUGGGCAUCGUUUUGGGCGUCGUCACGUUUCUCGCAUUCAUCAUCACCUCGAGAUCAAACCCCGGAGUCAUAAACAAACAGGUCUACCCAGCGCGAGUUUAUGACGAGCUAAAGGGCAAGUACAGAACGACAAAUCCACCCAGGCUCAUUGACACUACCAUUAAUGGACAGGUUCUCAAGGUCAAGUACUGCAUUACCUGUCAUAUCUACAGGCCCCCGAGGACGGUACACUGCUCAGAUUGCGAUGUGUGCGUCAUUAGGUAUGACCAUCACUGUCCAUACAUUGCAAACUGCGUUGGAUAUCACAACUACAAGCGCUUCCUUGUCUUUGUACUGCUCUGCUCUCUCUACUAUACCACCCUAACGGUCGUCUCGGUGAUACGAUCAAUCGAGUUUUUUCAACAGUUCUCCGAUGCCAUUGCGGACAAACCGGUCGAAAUCAUUGGCACGCUUGUAAGCGCAAUAAUCACAUUUAUGAGCUUGUGGGUAAUACUAGGACUUUUUAUCUUUCACAUGUUUCUAAUUUCAAAAAAUACAAGCACAUACGAUAAAUUCAAGGAAAAUUAUGUCGACUUUAACCCAUUCAAUCGGGGGUUCUUGACAAACUGCUGGAACGUGCUACUCUACUGGCAAAGAAAAAAUAGAGGAAUUACAAGCGUAUACCAACCAAAUGCAAUGUACAAGAUGCAUGAACGACUCUCACAAGAUAUUGUCACGCCAAAGAAGGCGUAA